CGCUGGACGCUGGACCUUUGAGGCAAAAUCGGGCUGAUUUGAUGAGUUUUCUUCUGGAAAGACGCUAGCAGUACGGCUGCCUGCUGGAUUCCCUUGUGCCCAGCUCACAGGAGCUCUCCCGAGUGUGGAGCCAUCAGCCCUGAAGACCAGGCGGACAGCCUCAGCCUGGGAGUGCUGGAGUGAUCCCUGAUGGGCACAGUGUUUGUGCUCCUGAGGACGAUUUGCCAGUCUGUCCUGACUGAGUCUCUACAGUUCCAAGCAGAGUGUGUGGAGAAGGAGGAGGAGGAGGACAACAUGAAGAGGAAGAAAGACGGGCUAAGAGAACGUCUUGGCGCCUGGGGCUACCAUCAUGGCCUAGUUGGCUUACACAACAUUGGACAGACCUGCUGCCUUAACUCCCUGAUUCAGGUAUUCAUAAUGAAUGUGGAAUUCACCAAGAUAUUGAAGAGGAUAAAAGUUCCAAGAGAAGUGGAAGACCAGAAGAGAAAUGUCCCUUUUCAAUUGCUGUUAUUGCUAGAGAAGAUGCAGGACAGCCGGCAGAAGGCAGUGAGACCCCUGGAGUUCGUCUCCUGCCUCCAGAAGAACAAUGUACCAAUGUUUGUUCAGCAUGAUGCUGUUCAGCUCUACCUCACGAUUUGGAACCUCAUUAAGGCUCAGAUCACGGAUGUGGACUUGGUGCAGCGGCUCCAGGACUUGUAUAAGAUCCAGAUAAAGGAAUGCUUGGUCUGCCUCGACUGCACCACGGAGAGUAGCAGAGACAGUAGCUUGCUGACGCUCCCUCUCAGCCUUUUCGACCUGAACUUAAAGCCGCUGGGAACACUGGAGGACGCCCUGCAGUACUUCUUGCAACCCAAGGAGCUAUCAAGCCAAAGCAAGUGCUUCUGUCAGAACUGUGGGAAGAACACCUACAGGAAACAGGCUUUGAAACUGACCCAUCUGCCCUCAGCUUUGACCAUCCACCUCAUGCGCUUCUCCGCCAGGAAUUCACAGACACAGAAGGUCUGCCACUCCGUCUCUUUCCCCGAGAGCUUGGAUUUCACUCAGGUGCUUCUGAGUGAACAAGACCUCAGCGAUGACGUCAAGGACCAGGUUGGAGGACAGUAUGAACUCUUUGCCGUGAUCGCACACAUGGGAAUGGCAAACUUUGGUCAUUACUGUGCCUAUAUUCGGAACUCUGUGGAUGGAGAAUGGUUCUGCUUCAAUGACUCCAAUGUUUGCAGGGUAUCCUGGGAAGACGUCCAGUGUACCUUUGGAAAUCAUAAUGACCGUUGGUAAGAGGGGUGUGAGGUGAUGGAAACGUUUUGAACUUUACGGGGACGGGGUUCGUGGAACUGGGUGAAACACUGAUGAUGUCCUAGUGACUGUGGAGCCUCGUCUUUCAAAAAUCCGCCUAGAGAUCUUCUUUCAGUGUAGAUACCAGCAGUGCUACAAGAGAGGGAAGUUACAGGGGUGGGGAAAUCUCAGAUCCUAUGGAAUAAAUCUCACAUC